CCCAAAACCAAAACAUGGCGCAAGAAACUUGUGAACUCCCCUUGCUCAGCUGUUUUUCAAAAAAUAUCGAUAUACAUGGAAUAGAUCUUGUUGGUAUUAGUAAAGAUAAUGUGAUUUUAAGUAUCCAAUCUUCAAAUGGAGAUGUAGCUAUUUGCCAGGCAAACGGCGAUCAUGUAAAAAACCUGGCUAUAAAAGUGCAAAGACAUUGGUGGGUAGACAACAACAUUGUCUGCCUAAAGCAGAAUGGGACUUUGGAAGUAUAUGGUCCAUGUUUAGAGGAGAAUGAUUGGAACAUUGUAGCAACAAUGACACAAAAUGAUAUAGCAAGCCUCAUCACACAACAUGGGGGACCAGAUAUGGAAUUUGCUGACAUAAACCUACUGAGUCAAUACAAUCACUGUGCAAUACUAGAGUGUAAUAGAGAGCAUAUCAUACAGGUAGCUGUAAGCCAAGAAGGACAGUUAAAGGUACUAGCCUACUACAAGAAAUUGCUAAUGGAAUCCAAGGCAAUGUGUCAGCGUGAUGUCAUAGUUGAAUUAGAUGGCGAUUCCUUAUAUUUUAGCAUCUUCAAGCAAGAAAAGAGAAAACACACAUUAUCAAUAAAGGACCUUUUAAAAAACCACAAACAACCAGAUUUUACCCCUGAUACAUUUACCAAUGUGAUAUUGAGCACAGAUCUGUCAUAUGUGGUUCUAAUGGACAAUGUUGAAGGUCACAUUGUAACCAUUGAUAUAAGACAUUAUAUAGCCAAAUGGAAGAUCAUAGAGAAUUCAUGCAUUUAUGAACAGGCACAUCCUGCAGUAAGAGAAUUGGAUUCAGAGAGUGUACAGGCUAGUCGCAUAUCAGAUGCAACAUGGAAAAACCAGCUUGGUGACCUUUACCAGCGCACAAAUACUCACGCUUCAAAAUCAAGGGAUCACCAUGGUAUUGCAAGUAAGCCAAAAUGGACCGGAUUCAAGUUGAAGCAUGAAGAAAUGACUAAAAGCACACAGACUAGAGAUAUUCAUAUACCUGGUGAUGAUGUCACUCUUAAUGAUGUCAGAGAAAUUCAUGUUGAUGACACUGCCAUCUAUUUUAUCAUACAAAAGAUGGAGGCACCUGCAAAAUACAUCUGUUGUUACAAUAUCAAAGAUGGAACAUGGAAGAAGUUUAGGGUUGAUCCUAACAGUGGUGUGCUAUUCUCACAUAACUCUGCCCUGCCUCACUUGGUUGUAUCAUCAUCAGCCUUUUACAGCUUAACAGUGAACCUUCAGCAGGAGAGACUCAUUAACAAGUUGAUGGUUUAUGGCAGUGCAGGGUUAGCAGAUGUGUUGUGUAGACUGAACAACUGGGAAUGCCACAGUAUUCCUAUGCACACACUGGAGAUAGGUCUGAAACACAGGCAACUGGACACUGUGUUGUUCUUCCUCAGUAGCAGACAGAAUGAUCUGUUAGCUUUAAAGUCAUCUCUCACCGAUACAGGCACCACUGCCAAACAUGUUGUGUUCACAGACAUGGACAUCUUUCACAUGGAUGCUAUCAUAGCCUUGCUUACGACCACAAUCCAGGAGAAUCUUAGUGAUCACCAAUCUCUGCAGUUUGGUCAGCAGUUGCUGAGAAUAACAUUGAGCUAUCUACACACCUUGUUGGGAACAUUGUCGGAGAUACACGAUAACUACACAUAUUCUCAACCAGUCGGGCACCUGGAGAUAAGUGCUGCUAAAAAAGCCAUUAAUGAGUUGCAAGGAGCCAUGGAGAAACUUACAUCAAAUAUUGUGUUUCUGCGUACAUUACUGAAGACCCCUGUUGCGAGGGAUGAUGUCGUUGACGGUGUAGAAGUAUUUGAGGAAAAUUUCCCAUCACAUUGGAGUCACAUGUCAAAUGAAGCUGUGAUCUGUGAUGGUAUCAUAGAAGGCAACAUUCCCCUUGUACAGUGCUACCUUGCUGGCAGAUUCAACACAGGGGAGGGUGACAUUGCAAAUAUAGUGAAUGUUGGCUUACAGUGGGCCCUUAAACAUAUCAGUGAGAGAGAAAUACAAACUGCAAGGACUCUGUUCACAAAUUUAGGAUUUGAUGCUACAUCCAAGUUGCGUCAGGUAUGUUUCUUCACACCAUACAAAAGUCUGCGAGACUAUUUGAUUGAGGAGCUUAGGAGCAAGGGUGACUUGAGUGAGUUUGAACUCGGAAUGGUUGAAUACCUGCAUAAACUUGAGGCUUGGUACUCCUGUGUGUCAUUUGAUAUGGCAAAGGUCCUCAGAACUGAUGGAGAAGUUGUAGAAUGGAGCGAUACAACACACCUCAAAGAUGUGAUGUCACAGAUGGAUCACCCAAUAGGUGUCGCUGCAGGAGAUCUUGUGGAGUCAGAUUUGGCAAACUCCCAGACGUCAUAUUAUAGUCACAUGUUGUUAGAGUGGUUGAGAGGCUGGGAUGAUGCUACUAGACAGAGUGUGCUCAUAGAGAGACUUCUCAACACUAAAGAUCUCCUUAAUGAGCAGAUUACUCCAGAUGUGAUGUUGGACUAUUUGGUGAGACACAAUGCCACAGAGGCACUGCUUGCAUGGGUGAGGGAUGGGGAGAGCAUUCCUGGAUUAGAUGUGACAUCUGAGAGGUUGGAUUCCCUCCAGAAUUGCAGUGAUUAUACGAGAAACGCCCUUUUAGAUGAGGCAGCCAGGAGAGGGGUGUUCAGUUCUGAUGAAUGUCAAAACUGGAGUAAGUUGUUGAAGAGGCAAGCACGUGUGCAUAAUGUGAUCGCAUACCCCAAGGAUAUGGCGACAAAUGGUGACAGUCAGGUUAUCUCCCAAGAUGAUUACCACCUUCAUUUCAUAGAAAUGUGUCUGAAAAACAAGUUGCUGCCAUUAUUGUAUCACUAUGUGGACUUCCAUAGACUCUCAGAAGAUGAUUGUAAUCGCAUUAGGGGAAUUCUGACUGAAGAUCAACGUCAUUCUUGGACGACAUUGAUAAGUUUUAGAAACCUAGGCGCAUGUGGAUCAGAUACUAAUAUUGAGAGAACAAGUAGGCAUCUAACAGAGAGUUUGUUUGAGAAGAGUCCUAUCUCCGUAGGGGAAAUGUUCAUGGCUGGGCAGACAAUUGUUGCUCUGAGUACCAUCAUGUUUCAACAUGAACCCAUGCAGUUACAAUCUUUACUCACAAUGACAGAUAUUGACACAACUUAUCUCAAACAAACAAUUUCCAGGUUCCCAAAAUUGCAAUUGACUUUGUUUCCAAGUACACCUUUAGGAGUGAUAUCCCAACAAGAUUUGACACUCUAUAAAAUGCUCACGGGAACAACAGUGUUAGAUAUCAACAAGUUGGCAAACUGUGAUGACGGAGAUAGCUUAUCUGAUGUACAGAAGACUCUUUUACAUUUUUCUGAUGCCAACUUGCGUUCGAGAUAUGGAUCAGUGGACAGAUUGACGUUUGUGUACUUUCUGAAACAAGCUAGACCAUCGUUUGCUUUUGUGGCUUUUAUUGGUAGCCAGAUGGAGCGUGGGUUAAGGACACUGUCUAUGAGAAGAGUUAAAUCUGCCUGUAAGCAGGCACAUUUUAUGGGUGGCAAAUAUUUUAAUGAUGCAGCCAUCAGUGCCACUUGUGUUGCAUUCAUGGAACUACUAGGGGAAGAUAGUUCUGCUCUUAGACUCCAUAUCGCUCUAGGGAGAACAAUCUUUGAGCAUAAGAUGAGGGACUUUAAUACAAACAUAGAAAAGAGGAAAGAAAUGGAAACAUUUUGGCAAAGACAUGUUGGUGGUCUGAUUAGCCAGUGUAUACGGCAAAACAAGAGUGCAGCGAAGGAGUUUCUUACAUUGGCUGAAACUGCAAUACAGGCUCAGAAAAACAAGAAUAUGCUAGAGACACUUGAAAUGUGGGGCGGGGUCGUAGAAUUCUGUCAGAUACAUAAACUGAAAUAUCCUGAACUUUACCUGAUCCAACUAGCAAAACGUGACAAUUGGAUAGCCUUCCUGACUUUUUCACAGAUGCAUCAAUAUCCAAGAAAACAGCUCUUGGAUCUGGUUCACUAUUUCAAGAGUAACUCAGUGAGACAGCACCUUCAACAUGUUAUAGAGAAUACACAGUUGAGCCAACAGCCCACUCAUACAGAGCCUGAACCCAAGGUGCAGCGUAAUAUAAGGUCUCAACUCUACUCAAGGAUUGGUCUUGGGCGUGGAAAAGAAUCUGCUGCCAGUAGUAGUGAUGGUGAGGCUUCAGUGGACACACAGGAGGACACUCUCUCUGAUAGUGGCUCCCACAAUCUUGAUGCAAUCCCCUUUGAUACAUCCUCCCUUGAAGAUGAUAUCCUGGCUGUGCUCUUCAAGUGUCAGCAUGAAACAGACCCCUGGGAGAAACUACUGCAAUGUUGUGUUGAGCUCAAAAAUCCAGUUCUAGCUGUACUAUCAGCUUGUUAUAAAGAAAGCAAUACAUUACAUUGCCUUUGUUGCUGGUUAGCUACUUACUUAGAAGAUUCAGCAUACAAGAAGAUAUCACACAAAGAAGAUGUACCCUCUACAUCUUGGCAGUUGACUGACCUAGAAGGAAUCAUAUUUCACUUGCUGGAAAAUUCACAUACUAAUGCCCUUGCAAAUGGGUUUGCAGUAUUUUUACCAGAGUCGCCUCUAGUCCAUUUCUUCAAAUUCUGCCAUGUACUAUACACAAGACCAUAUAUGGCAGAGUGUAGCAGCCAUCUUGAAUUAUGCAAGGAUGCCCUCUAUAAAACCUGGAAGAAAAGCAGAAAUGACCAGGGGUGCCCUGUUUAUGAGACAAUAUCCUGGGUAGAUGACGUAAUAAUGAAAGUCACAACCUGGCUCUUGAAGACCAUUUGCAAUCCAACCAGGAUGGCACAUCUCCUGAUGGCGUACAAUCAUACAACAUUUUCCCGCCAUUUUGAAUGCAAAAUGCCAGACUUUAGAACCCUGGACAGACUUUAUAGCCUCAGUAUUGAACACCAGAUGGCUCUGAACAUUGCCAAAUGUGUAGACAUGACUAGUCAAUCAGCUAAAGAGGAAUGUGGAAAAGUGUUGCUUGAGUUGCAAGCUAGAUGCAAGUUCAACGAGGCUCUUUUAUUUGCACAAUUGGCAGGUCUUGAUACACAUAGACUACAUAUUAAUAAGUUGCUAGCAGAGUAUGGGGAACUUGAGAAGAGCUGUGCCUGGUCAUGUGAGGAGACACGUCUGGGGUUCUAUAAGGAGUGCCAGGCACAGCUCCAGCAGAAUAAAAUACCAGGAACAAUGGCAGCACAAUUCUUUGAGGACCUUAGUGCCAAAUCUGCAGGUUUAGAGAAGGCGUAUCUGCUACAGUUAUCUCUGGAGUGUCUAUCCCAUCAAAUAGAUGGCACUAGUGUAGAACAAGCACAAACUCAAGAUGACCAAUCAGAACAUGGUGGACAGGUGUUGUGGGUUGCUAUAUGGGAAUGUAGAUUUGAGGCACUGCGGAAAAAGCUUCAGGGUCGCCCCAAUAAGGGAGACGUUAAAGAAGCAUUGAACAAAGUAGUUCCAGUGGGUAGGAAUAUGUUACCAGAUGAGGAGCAGUAUUCUAAAUUACAGCAGGCAUCUAUGGAUGAAAGUAGUCCCGUUGUUGAGGAUGCUGACAUGGUACAGUUAGUGAUUGGCCAGUUGCUGGGAAAUGGUCAGAUUGGAGAGGCAUGUGCAGUAUCCAGACAGUUCAAUGUUUAUAGCCAGGAUCUAGCCAUAAUACUUACAUGUAUUGGACUUGUUGACCAGAGUAUUAGUCUGGAAAGGCUGUCUAAUGACAUGAAGACAUUGUUGCAAACCUCUCCACCUUCCCAUAGACGUGGCUCCAAGCUUAGAGCUUCAUUAGGGCUUUCUAGAACACUGAGCACCACCAGUCUUUCUAGCACUGUGUCAGCUGCUGAAGACUUCAUCGCCAUGGAAACUGACAACAUUCUUGUUACCAUGGAGACACUUAGUUUGCACUGUGUAAAUGGGUUGAAAUGCUGCAAUAGAAUAAUCAAUGCUCACAAAAUUGCUAUGGCUCUUAGCUGUAGCUAUGAUAAUGUGAGGAGACAGGAGCACUUUGAUGUGUUGAACAGUCUCCUUAGCUGCAGGGAAGCCAAUAGAUACACACUGGCUAAGGACUAUGUCACCUUCAAUGGUGUCUCUCAAGAUAAGGUGCUUGAUUUUAUAUGUGAUCUUAUCCUGUCCUCUCUAAAGCAUUCCUUAGAUUGGGAUGAUACAGAUGUACUACAAUCCUGGGUGAAUAUAAACGCCACGCAUGAGAUUGCCCAUAUUGAGCCUGAAUUGCUGCAAUUGGGUGACAACCCCUCCCUCAUAGGAGAGAGGCUCCUUCAUCAUACGGCAGCAUUCACAGCAACAGAUGAUAGUGACCAACAGAAAGUCACAAAAGUUCCUAGAUGA